CUGAAACUUUGACAAUCCUCAGAAGACUUCUAGUAGUUGCAGUGGAUUGUGUGUGUAUAAAAAUUGUUUUUUUUCAGGAUCCGUUUUCAAAUUUCAUUACAAUUUGAAAUUUAACAUAUUCAAUUCGAGGGCCAGUUUCUCAAGUGGCGACCCUAUGACCGGCCAUAUCUCCUUCGACGUUAAGAGAGUAACAAACAUUACGUCCAUUUUCAUGUCAUUAAACGGGAAAGCUGAAGUUCGUUGGACAACACGUACGAUGAGUCGUCGUAGGACUCGGACACAUACCCAUAAAGCCGAAAUAGAUUUGUUCACGGUCAUCACAGGAAACAAUGCGAUUGGUCGUACAGUACUUCAAGAAGGGGCCCAGGUCUACCCCUUUACAUUCCAGUUGCCACAAGGGGACUUCCCAUCCACAUUCAAAGGGGUACAUGGCCGUGUGGUCUACUUCCUGAAGGUUGAGAUACACAGAUCAUUGCAUAUAACCAAGGUGUUUGAAACCGAAUUCAACUUUUCAAGACACAUUGAUUCCAACCACCCACAGCUUCUGGCACCUCUGUCUGGGUCAAAUAGCCACAUGGUGUGGGGUCUGUGUUGUGCCUCUGGGCCUGUCGAAAUGACCGUGCACCUGGACAGGAAGGGUUUCGUCCCAGGGGAAACCAUUAAAAUUGCGUGCGAGUUCAGAAACUCUUCAUUGAGGAGUGCCACUCCGAAUGCAACUCUCGUGCAGAACCAGAAGUAUUCUGCUUUGGAUACAUCCGUAAGGAUAGAGUGCAAGACCCUGGAUUCAGUAACAGGAGAGCCUGUGAAGAGUGGGACCCUGCAGGCCUACAGUGAAAUGACGCUGACCAUCCCUGACACAUCUCUCUCCAUCUCCAACUGUUCCAUCAUCGAUGUGAACUACGAUGUGCUUGUGACUCUGUCUCCAUGCCGGUCCUGAAAAAUCGUGGUGAUCUUCCCCAUUGUGCUGUGUGAUAUUCCUGUUUCUGCACCAGCACGUCAAUAAUGAUGGAGAAGCGCUCCUCAGUUUGAUGUGGUUUUCAUUUUUAUAUUAAUGUACAUUAAUGCAUAUUUAUACCUAUAUGUUCAGACAUUUUGUCAAACAUCUAUAUUUAUUUCAGUAUUGCUUUAACACUCCUACUGUUAGCCAUGAUAUACAUCAGUUAACCCUUGUGUUAUCUUCGGGUCAUUGUGACCCUUCAGUCUUUUUGACCCCCCCACGUGUCGCGACAACUUUACCUCAUACAAAAAUAAAGAGAAGCAUUUUCUUUUAACCGUUGGGCUGUCUCACACCCCCCACAGCGCGAAGGUUAAAAGAAAAGGCUUUUUAUUAGUUUUUGUAUUGGGUAAAGUUGUCGCAGCACAACGCUGGGUCGUUGUGACCCGAAGGCAGCACAAGGGUUAACACAAUUGAACAAAUCAAGAUGCCUUAAACUGUUACUGUUAUUAAAUAUGCUGCUAUUUAUGUUUGUUUAUUUAAUCAUGUAUAUGUCAGGGUAUUGUAUAUAUGUGUUCAAGGCUAUCAUUGUAAACUUUUAUUAUUAUAUUUAAUCAUAUUAUUUUAUGAUACGUUUUUAUUAUUCUAACAGAUUUUUAUAUCACGCAAAGAAUUGAGUCUGUUUACUAUAUAAAAAUCGAAGCCUGUGUUCUGUUAGCUCUAAACAUGUUUUCCUAGAGAGCAAUUUUGAAGUAUUGAAAUAUGCCAGGAUAUUUUCAGUGCCCUUCGGGUCUUGAAAAAGAUUUAUCAUCAUAUGUUACUUCAUGUUGACUGAAAUGUUUGUAUACUACUUUAAUAUUGGGGUUAUUAUUCUAUAAACCAACACAAAUGUGUUUAUGCUUACAUAU